AUGGCCGCUUCAAUCGAAUCUCCGGCCCAGUUCGAACGCGACCUGCGAAGCGCCAACCAAGAUUUCAAAAGAUCAAAGGAUUCACGGUCCAAGUGGUCCAACGGAGCUCGUCCUCUGGCCGGGUGCCAUCUCGACUGGUAUACUCUUGACGCUGUUGGCGGAACUGAGCAACAGCGAGCCAUGACACGGCCUCGGGCCAGAAACAGUGAGACUUCUCACUACAAGAAGCAUAUGCAGAACUUCAGCAAGUUCCGGUCACACUCGGAGUUCCCGCAAGGACGGCUGCGCUCGGCAGCUCGCGCCAAGGAACAGAUCAAAGAUCCUCUCAGCCGUUCCGUCAUGAAUAUGGCGCCAUCGCAAGACUUGUAUGGAGACAUCGCUGCCACUGAGGACUGGAAGUACAGCUUUGAUCGUGUUGAAAGCCCCGGCCGACCAAUGACUCUGGACAUAUUUGUCAAGACGACAACGGGUCGCGAGACGGAGCGUAUGGUCGAGAAGGAGUACGAAAUUCUCAAUGAGAAUGGUCAGGUUCUCAAGGGCCGCAAGGCACGCCAAAACCUACGCCAGGAAGGCGGCCGCGUUUCUGAAGAAGAUGGUUUCCAGCUCGUCUAA